AUCAAUUUUAUUAUUUGAGACUUUUUUUGAGCCUGAUCCAGGGUUUGUACAGGUGGGACGGAGGGACAGAGGCUUUCAGUCUCCAUUGUUCCCAAAAAGUUCCAAAAAUCCAAAUUUCUCAACUUGUAGAGUUUAACGUCAGCCAAAUGCACGGGGUCAAUAGGAAGGCAAAGUUAAACUGGUGCAGAAUCACGUUCAUUGCUCUUCAUUGUUACACAAGCUCCUCCCCAAUGUAACAAUGGCUCCCAUGAUGCCAAUUUCUUUCAAACAUGGCGGCCGGUCUCCCAUAUAGAAACAGGGGUGACUGGGUCAUGACAACUUUGUAUCCACAACCUCAGCACUAUUAGUAUCUCCAGCAUGUGACAAUCACAAGUCCAGCAGUUUUGCUAUAGGAUGUCGCAUGCUCCGCCCACACAGCUCCGCCCACACAACUCCCGCUGCACAUCACUCUGCAGAUUUGAGAUCCUCCAGCUGUACCGGGGGGCACCACUUUUUCCUCCCUAUCAGUAAAAUUGGCAUCAGGCAUCAAACCAACCCACCAGGCAGUAACGUACCAAGGGGGAGGAGCAGUGGGAGGGGCACAGAGGAGAAUGUGCUGAAUGUUAAUCAAUAAGUGAAUGUAUGGGAAGCCAUGAUAAGGACUUCAGCAGGGGAGGGGCCUGUUCUCACUUGGAUGAGAGGGGGAGGGGUAUGGUAGCAGGUGAAAUAACUGCUGCCAAAAGGGGUGGGACAAUAAUAUAUGCACCUCCCCCAUGAGUCAAGUAACUGUGAAAGGGGGUGAUUCUAUUGUGUUUGUCUGUGGGUCCAUUUGGAUCUAUUCCACCCGCUCAGCAGAAGCUUCAGGAGAAUGAGCCGGAGUCUGGCAGUGCCCACAGGGCUGAGCUUUCUGUUGUGUGUGUGCCAGGGGCUGGUGGUGACCCAAGAGAAAAGGCUGCUGUUGGUACUGGUGGGGGGGUCGGUGGAGAUCCCCUGCCGGCAGGAUGGAGACAACCUCUACAUGUACUGGUACCAGCAGAAGGCAGGAGAAGGGCUGGAGCUCAUGGUCGUAUCCGCAGGGGCAGAUGCCAAACAGACAGUGGAGGGCAAAUACGCAGGAAGGUGGAGCCUGAACAGAACCGUCAUUGGGAACAUGAGCCUAAAAGUGACAGGGGCUGAGGCUGGAGAUUCCGCCACAUAUUUGUGCUCAGCGAGUCUCACAGACACUGAAGCCACUGAUCAACCUGCCACAAAACUCUCUCCAAUGCAAUUCCCCAGUGUGACCUGCAGGGGGAGGCACUUCUUCUGUCUCGCUGCUCCUGUCCUCCAAUAUCCAACUGUGCAACUGUCUCACCCGGGGGACAAUGUGACUGUACAGUGUGAGCACAAUGACGGCAGCUACAUCAGGAAAUACUGGUACCGACAGGAGAACAACGGGCCCCUCACACUCCUGGGCUCAACCUACACCACCCAGGAGACAGUGCCCUGUAUUAUUGUGCCAGCAGCAUCCACAGCGACACAGACAGGGGGAGACUCUGUGCAGAACUGA